UGCGCCCACUUGGUUUAAUGUUGGGAAGAUCACUGCAACUCUAGAAGUCUCUUGUAAUAGAUAAUACAUAUUGUAAUAAGUACAAUACAAGACAUCAAAAGAACACAGAACAUGUAUCUGUUUAUAAACUAAAAUAGGCACUGAAGAUGCUUAACAAGUUGAGAAAUAAGUAAUGGUCUCAGCUUAUAUGCUGAUUGUAUGCAGGGUUGUAACUUUACCUUGAGGCUAAUCUCGAUUCAUAUCAAUCAUUGUUCUUUUCAACUAACUGAUUUCAGUUUCAUGAUUGUAGUGAGUCUACAUAGAGCAUUCAGUUACAGAAUGAUGCAGAUUAUUAAUUACGGUAAUCUGACAUGUAUUUGAACUGUUUAUUGGGUAGCCCUACCUCACAGAGCAUAGAAUGAUGAUGGAACAAACAGAAUAACUGAACGUUGACAUAUGUAUGUUGAACCAGGAGGGAAAAUGUUGUUUCGUCGACCUGCCAGAUUGUUUCUACUUUUAUGCACAGCCCUCAGCCUGUAUACCUACCUGCAUCUUAUGUUAUGGUCCAGUGACCAUGGUGAUAUGACAUUCACAGAACACAAUAAAGGGAGUUUCCAUAUUGUCAGUAGUUUCCCAUAUCUCCUUGGCAACCGGAAAUACAGAGAGAUGAUGGGAUAUGGCAACUAUUCAAAAGAUGAGUUGGUUGUUAGGCAACAAGAGUUCUUGGAAACAUUAAUAGAAAAUAUCAACAAUAGUGUUGUAGGGAGUGUGCGACUUAUGAUUGAAACUGAAGAAGCGGUAGAGUAUAUCAAAUCUCAGAACCUAAAGCACAUUGAGAAAAUUAUCUUCCAUCGUAUACAAAGUAAUCACACUUACAAAGAAGCUUUCACCUAUGCUAAUGAUAACCUAUUUGGGAAGUUUGUGAUAUUCAUGAAUGGGGACAUAGUCUUAGGAGAUGGUUUUGAGAAGCUAGACCUAAGAAGGUUACUAGUUACCAGGACAGCCUAUGCUUUAACCAGACAUGCAGAUCACCUUCAUCGUUGUGACAUGGACAACUUCUGCCUAAAGGCGAAUUACAUCGGGUCACAUGAUGUAUUUGUCUUUCACCUAAAACCAAAAAUUGAGGAAAAAACUUUGAGUGUGUUAGAUUUUCCGACAAACAGCCAUGGAGCGGAGAACGUGUUGAUAGACAUAUUGAGAAGUGAUAUGAAAUACACUGUAUUGAACCCUUGUUAUGUCCUCAAGUUAUGUCAAAAUAACCGAUAUUACAAGGCUAUGGAACUCAAAAGAAGCCACAACCUGGAUCUUGAAGAUAUGAGAAUAACCAAGCGAUCUCAGUCAAGCCAGCCCCUGAUGUACGUGUACGUAACUCAAACGUAA